UGCCGCCCAAUUCAAUUCGCCCAAUUCAAUAAUUCCUCCGAGAUCAAUGGCCCAGCUGAAGGCCGCGCGCGUCGCCGAUGUGCCCACCCUGGACGUGGUCGCCCCGGGCCUCGUGGUCGCGGCGGCGGCGGCGAAGGGCGCGACCGGGGGUAGUAGGUUCUCGGUGAUCGGGCACCGCGGGAAGGGGAUGAACGCGCUGGCGUCGGCGGACCGGCGGCUGCAGGAGGUGCGUGAGAACACGGCGCGGUCCUUCAACGAGGCCGCGCGGUUCGCCGUCGACUACGUCGAGUUCGACGUCCAGGUCACCAAGGAUGGGUGCCCAAUCAUCUUCCACGACAACUUCAUCUACACUGAAGAAGAUGGUAAAAUUUCACAGAAGCGUGUCACUGAUCUUCAGUUGGAGGACUUCGUCCUGUAUGGACCCCAGAAUGAGCAGGGAAAGGGCGGGAAGCCUUUGCUUCGCAAAAUGAAGGAUGGUAGAAUGCUGAACUGGAAUGUGCAAUCAGAGGAUGCUCUUUGCACGCUUCAAGAAGCGUUUGAGAAGGUCAAUCCGAGGCUGGGCUUCAACGUGGAGCUGAAAUUUGAUGACAACCUUGAAUACCAGGAGGAAGAGCUCACUCGAAUCCUCCAGGCGAUCCUGAAGGUGAUCUUUGAGUGUACCAAGGAUAGGCCUAUUCUUUUCUCUAGCUUCCAGCCCGAUGCUGCACAGCUCAUGCGAAAAUUGCAAAGCACAUACCCUGUUUACUUCUUGACAAACGGAGGGACAGAGAUUUACACUGACGUGAGGAGGAACUCGUUGGAAGAGGCCAUCAAGCUAUGCCUCACCAGCGGCCUGCAAGGCAUAGUUUCCGAGGCUCGCGGAAUAUUCAGGCACCCUGCUGCCAUUCCGAAGAUCAAAGAGGCUAAUCUUUCCCUACUGACUUAUGGAACAUUGAAUAAUGUGCCGGAGGCGGUGUACAUGCAGCACCUCAUGGGAGUGAACGGGGUGAUCGUCGACCUGGUGCCGGAGAUCACCGAGGCGGUCUCCGAGCUCAUCGCAGCGCCGGAGCCCGACCCGGAAGUCGAGAGCUUGAGCGACCAGGCAGCAAGAGGCGCCGCGUCGCCGAAUUUCUCGCAGCGCGAGAUCUCGUUCCUGCUGAGGCUCAUCCCUGAGCUGGUGCAAUAAUGCAUGGCCUUGCCUUCCUGGCUAUGAAAUGAUUGUGAAUGUAUUACUUUGCAUACAAGAAAGAAGCCCUUGUGAAGGGCACAUGCUCACGUAGGUUGAUAUGUCUGUCCUGAAGCAAGUCCUGGUCCAGUUUUUACUUUUGUGCUGGGAGGGUAGGGGAUUGAUCAUCCAAGGGUGGAGUGGAGUCGAACAAAAACAAUCUGACAAGUGUUUGGACGCCACAAAUUGGAAAGUGUUGUAUCUCUAACUA